AUGACAUGUCUCAAGGCCCACCUUACUGAGGAUCUAACGCCCCAAGUGGUGGUUGCUGUCCCCCACGAUCACCUUGUUGGGUCUAAGAACAAGCCCAAGCCGCCAAUCAUUGUAAAGCGCGAGAACCCUAAUGCGCUGAGCUCGCUCAUGAUGGAGAUCCCUAUCAGUGUCGACGUGAUGGAAACGGUCUCCUCCUUCACCCACCACAAGUACUGUAGUGCUUUCGUGCUCAACGGAAACAAUGCCUUCACCAACAUCGCACUCCACCAGCCUGCGAUGUCAUUUGACAUAGCUAUCAUCGUGCUCCACGGCCACUUUGACAACAUCUCCCUCUCCAACUUCUUCCUUCUGCCAAUCUCCUCUCCGAAAGCUCCCUCCCAUCUUUUCUUAUUGUUUCUUUCUUUUAUCUAUUUUCCUUAG